AUGACUUCGAAAAUUCUUUUCUUAUUUUUAGCUUUAUUAAUUUAUUUUUCUAAAAAUUGUUUUUCCGCUGAUGGUGGAUUAUGUGUGGGAAAUUUGACAGUACGUGAUGAACCACGGCAAGAUCCAUUGGACGGUCUUACUAGUAUUGGAUUUAAUAAUCCAUAUAAAGAUCGUGAUGGCUAUCUUAUGGAUCCUGGAUUAUGUAUAUAUCAUUGUGCAGAUUACGAAUUUACUUACGCUGCUUUACAAAAAGGAAAUGAAUGCCGUUGCGGAGGAUCUACUGCUCUUAUAACAUAUGCCAAAUUAAAUGAUACAUUAAGUAAAACAACAUGUAAUCUCACUUGUGUUGGUAAUCAAAGUUAUAUAUGUGGUGGGGAUAGCGGAUACACGAUUUACCAAGCUGUAAUUCCAAUCGAUAAACAGCCACAAAUAAGCGCAACGGAAAAAGUCUCAAUUAUUCGGAACCUCAAAAAUGAUAAACGAUAUGAUGGGUGUAUUAGAGAUUCACCAUACUGCAAUAAAAGAGUCUUAAAUGGAUCGAAAAAAGAAUCCAGCUCAUUAACAAUUGAUGAUUGUAUCGCUUUUUGUAAGGAUAAUAAUUAUAAAUAUGCUGGAUUAGAAAUAGGUUCUCAAUGCUUUUGCGAUAACAGUUAUGAUAGUUUCAAUAUGUUAAACCCAGAGGAAUGUAGUUCUAGUUGUAUAGGAAAUAAAGAUGAAUUGUGUGGUGGACCCUUAGCAUUGUCAAUUUACACUGUGCCUCCAGAUGAUAAUCGUCUUAAAAUCGGGCUUGGUGUCGGGAUUCCUCUAUUUGUGUUAGUUUUUUCUGGAAUAGGGAUAGGUUUAUGCCUUUAUUGUCGUAAUCUUCGUAAACAAAAAGAAAAAGACAUGAAUAUUGCAAAUGUCAAAGGAUAA